CCACCGAAAAACGUCGCCCCGCACGACUACCCAAACAACUGCGUGUCAAUUUGUCGAACAGUGGGGCCAACCGUUCCAGUCAGUUUCAUUCAUUCGGUGCAUCCUUCGGCUCUGUACGUUCCUGUUAGCUACACAGACUCCCUCCACCGAUGUCCUACCGAGGUCCUAACCAGUUUAACAAUCACUUUGGCGGCGCCAACGGCGUCCCACCCCCCACCAAUCUUGGUCCAGUUUCAUCCUCCAAAUCACCAUUGGACCAGUUUGAAGAUGUGUCCAAAAAAGUGGAGGAACUCAUCGACUCCUACUGCAAGCCACUCAAGCCAUACGUGCCUGCCAUCGGUAGAGCGUUCAUCGUGGCCACAUUCUUGGAAGACUCGUUGAGAAUCAUCAGCCAGUGGUCUGAACAGGUUUACUACUUGCAUAACUACAGACACAUCUGGCGGUGGUUCACCUUGACAUUCUUGUUCUUCAACGUGAUCACCAUGUUGACGGCGUCCACCCUUUUGGUGUUGAGAAAGCAUUCUGUGAUUGCCACCAGCACCUUGGUUGCCGUGGUGUUCUGCCAGGGAUUGGCGUACGGGUUGAUCUUCGACGGCCAGUUCAUCUUGAGAAACUUGUCGGUGGUCGGUGGCUUAGUUUUGGCGUUUUCCGACUCGCUUGUUAGAGACAAGAGAUCGUUGAACAUGCCCGGAUUGCCCAUGUUGGACAACCAAGACAACAAAAAAUACUUCUUAUUGGCUGGCAGAUUGUUGUUGAUCUUCUUGUUCUUGGGAUUCGUUUUCUCGGCCUCCUGGUCGGUGACCAGAGUGUUCAUCAUCUUGAUUGGGGUUGUGUCGUGCGGCUCCAUCGUGGUGGGUUACAAGACCAAGUUCGCCGCCUUUAUCUUGACCGUGUUGUUGUUCACCUACAAUGUGUUUGUCAACACCUUCUGGAAGUACGGCGCCCUGGACUCCAACCGUGACUUCUUGAAGUACGAGUUUUUCCAGACCUUAUCCAUUGUUGGGGGCUUGUUGAUCAUCGUCAACGCAGGUGCUGGAGAAUUGUCCAUUGACGAAAAGAAGAAGAUCUACUAAUGGUUCUGCCAUGUAAAUAACAAGAUAGACGUCAUGUACGGCUAAUGAUAAUGACUGUAGACCAGCGGAUUUGGC